AUGUCUCCAGACCAGUUACAGAUCAGCAUUGAAUCUCAAAAAUUCCCUAGAUCAUAUCUCCGAAUUGACGGAGAUGGCGCCAGCUCAUGGGGCGAUCAAGGUGGAGGAACAGUCAAUGCCCAGAACUAUGUCGGCUCAAGUGAAAGAUUCAUAAUUGUGAAUGAUCCUGACGAUAACAACGCAUUCUCAAUUUACUCUUCCCAGUUCAAAAACGUUUAUCUACGCCUAGAUGGCCGAGGUGUCACUCCUGGACAGGGAUACCCAAGUGGUGCAGGCAAGGUGAAUUGCCAGAAUGGUAGUGAGAGCUGGGAGAAAUUCCGCUUUGAAUCACAGCCUGACGGAUCAAAGGCUAUUGCUUCCGUGGCGUUUCCUGGCGUCUACCUUCGUUUGGAUAAUUCCACUGGUGGCGGUGGAAGUUCUGGCUCUGGGACAGUUAAUUGUCAGGGCUACGUUGGUCCCUAUGAGAAGUUCUUCAUAAUUUUGAUCUAG